AUGUUUCAGCCGAGCCACCAUGGCCCAGGCAUACCACCGCGGGGGCAGAAAGAUAAGGGAGACGACGCGUUCGUGGCGGUAGAGGCUCUCGGCCUGGCAACGCUCAACGUUUUCAGCUUCGGGGUCAUGAUGACGGGCGGCUUCAUGUGGGCCUUUGACAUCUCCAAUAUAGAGGACCUGAGGAGGAAAGCAAGGGCAUCACUGUACGGAGUGAACGGCGUGGUCGACUCGGCUGCCGAGCAGCAGGUCGAGGAGUGGGUAGCAGAAGUCCUGUCUAAGAAGGAGAAGCGCGAGAGGGAGAGAGGAAGCGAUGGCAAGAAGAAUGGAUGA